AUGUCGCAUUUUAUGUUUCCAAGAACCGGGAUAACCAUGGACCGAGAUAUUAUGAAUUCAGUUGUACUAGAAAACGAUAUACUUGAUGCAGACGAUUUGCUGUCAAAUUCACAAAGUUCUUCCAUACUAUCAAGCACCAGUAGUAAUAGCAGCAGUAGCACAUCAACAGCCGAGUCUUCUGACUCUUCCACUAUACUAGCACCUAGACAACCACAGCGUGUAGUAUCUGAAGAACCGCGGUGCUGGAUCUGCUUUGGUGAUAGCUCUGAUUCUCAAGGACAAUGGGUAAAACCUUGUAAAUGCUCUCUGGAAGCUCAUCAAACCUGUUUACUGGACUGGAUUGCUGAAAACCAGAAAGCUACGCCAACAAAAAAGGUAAAAUGCCCACAGUGUGCUACAUCAUAUUAUCUUGCACAAAGUAAUAAUGUCACCUUGGCAUUAUUAACGGUGGUGGACUCACUUGUACGUGUCAGCGCACCUUAUGUCACAGUACUUGGUCUUGGAUGCUCAUUACUAAUUACUUGUACGACCUAUGGAGCAUUUUCGGUUAUGACGUUAUUAGGAUCUCGAGACGGAGAGAGAUUGAUCGGCAACCCCACUCACUGGACAUAUAAAACAUGGAUUGGAUUACCACUUAUACCCGUACUUUUAGUCUCUACAAAAACGCGAUGGGGAGACGCAAUUUUGCCAGUUGCAGCAGUGACAAUACUACGUGCAGCUGGACACACACCUCAAAAUAUCAGAUUCACGUGGCCAAUGUCACCAGCCUUAAUCAUAGGUGUUAUGCCUUGGAUCAGGUUAUUUUACAAAAACGCUUAUAAACUUGUACAACGCUGCCUAACAAAAAACCUAUCAUUACAAGAACCCAUCAUUCUAUCUUCUGCUCGAGUAGGAAGGCGUAGAGGAAGUACAGAGAAUAUAUCAGAUAGAGAACUUAAUUUGGAAUUGGACAUGAUUAACGGAAGGGAUACAAGCAGUAUUGGGUUGUCACUAAUAGGUGUUUUGCUCUGGCCAGCGAUAAGUAGUGGCAUGGGAGGUUUUUUGAAUAGAUUUAAUUGGGUCAAGCAAAAUUUCCCUGACCCAUUCCAAAGAAAUGUGUUGGGUGGCUGUCUUUUUGUGGUGGCAAAAGAUGUAGGCAAUUUACUGUAUAAAUAUGAGCGUAUCCGUCAACAUAGAUCUCGUCGUGUCAAGAAUUACGAAGAGGUGAUAAAAUCGUCAACACGACGUCGCUCUUCCAAUUAA